AUGGGUUCAUUAGACUCUGAUGAAAGAUUUAUUUCCAAAAGCUUGCCCAUUCCCCAACUGGUCGAACAUAUCAGGUACUCGUUCCUCGAACGAGAUUUUGUGGGGGUCCAGAAUGCCCUAAUCGAGCGAGAGAAUGACUUGAAAAUGGAGAUUGAAAGUCUCGUCUUAGAACGCGAUUCGGCUAAGAAGGAGGUCCGUCUGGUCGAGAGAAGUAUGGAGUUAAUCGAGAGGUUGAAAUUUGAGGAUAAAGUGAAGAAAAGCCAUAACAAGUGCAAGAAGCUGGAAGAGAGUGUUGUCCAGCUGGUUGAGAAAAAUCUAGAGUUGAAGAAUCACGAGAAAAGAGCCGAGGAGGAGCGUGACAGGAUUUUUGCCGACAAUAUGAAGUUGGUGAUCGAAAAGAACGAGUUGGUGUGUGAGUUGAACAAGAAGGUUAAUGAGCUCAAGAGCAAGAGCUUGGAAAAUGAGGAGAAUAGUAAAUCUCUUGAUACAAUGAAAGCUAAAAUGGGCAGAGCGAUCCAGGAGUUGGAGAAAGAGAAAUCGGGAGCGUUGAAGACUGUGAGUGAAUUGAAGGGGAAAGUCUAUGAGUCGAAUAGGACGAUUGCCGAGUUGACCGUGAAGGUUAAUGAGCUGAAGAGAAGAAAUUCCGAAAGUGAGGAGUUGGCCAGAGCUAGUGAUGAGAAAUGUAAAUCUCUCAAUACAUUGGUGGCGAAAAUGGGCCAAGAAAUUGAUGUGUUGAAGAAAGAGAAAUCGGGAGCUUCAAAGACCAUUGUGGAAUUGAAGGGAAAGGUCUGUGAGUUGAAUAUGACGAUCGCUGAGUCAACUGGGAGGCUUAAUGAGCUGAAGAGAAAAAAUUCCGAAAAUGAGCAGAAAUGUAAAUCUCUUGAUACACUUGUGGCGAAAAUCGGCCAAGAAAUUGAGGAUUUGAAGAAAGAGAAAUCGGGAGCUUCAAAGACCAUUGUUGAAUUGAAGGGAAAGGUCUGUGAGUUGAAUAUGACGAUCGCUGAGUCAACUGGGAGGCUUAAUGAGCUGAAGAGAAAAAAUUCCGAAAAUGAGCAGAAAUGUAAAUCUCUUGAUACACUUGUGGCGAAAAUCGGCCAAGAAAUUGAGGAUUUGAAGAAAGAGAAAUCGGGAGCUUCAAAGACCAUUGUUGAAUUGAAGGGAAAGGUCUGUGAGUCGAAUAGGACGAUCGCCGAGUUGACUGGAAGGCUUAAUGAGCUGAAGAAAAAAAAUUCCGAAAAUGAGCAGAAAUGUAAAUCUCUGGAUACACUGGUGGCCAAAAUGGGCCAAGAAAUUGGGGAUUUGAAGAAAGAGAAAUCGGGAGCUUCAAAGACCAUUGUCGAAUUGAAUGGGGCAAUUGUCGAGGCAAACAGGACAGUAAAUGACUUGAAGGUGAAGAAAUCGAAGUCCGAUGAGGUGGUUGAGCUGUACAGGAAACAGAUCGAGGAUUUGUGUAUGAAAAUCCAGAAAAAUAAUGAGGUGGCUGAGGAGAGGGGGAAUUUGAAUUUUCAAGAAUCUAGGGGUAAAACCGGAAGCUUGGGAAAUGGGAAUGGAGAUGGAAGUAGAAGCUGUGGCUCGUUGAAGAAAGGCUGUACAAGCUUAGUUAAGUGUUCGACUGGAGAGAAUGUUGCAAGUAUGGUAAAAACUCCUGGUUUACCUUCGGGUCAAAAUCCCACUCGAAUGGAAACUAGCAAGGGUAAGAAGCAACUUGAUUCAGGCUCACAUGCUAGCAACGCGCGGUCAUUGACCAAAAGAGAGUAUUUGAGUAGUAUAGUUUAUCCGCCUGUAUCAGCCAGAAAUGUUAUCGAGCUAUCAGACAGCGAUGAUGAAGAAAAUCAAACGAAUCCGAAAGGGUCAAACGAGGCAAAUCCCGAGCAAAAUUCAUGCAAGAGGAUAUGGUCGGAUUUUAUGGGGAAAUUAAUUGUGAAUUCGACUAAUGGGCGGAGCAAGAAUGCACGUGUUAGCCAUGAGAAGGAAAACGGUGUUUUAAAAUCGACGGUCGAACCAAAAAGUGAUUCUCGAACACCUCACAAGAAACUUCGAUUAAUCAAUGGGGAUUCGAGUGGUUCGGAUGGCUCGUGCACGGACAAGAAAAUCGAGGCCUUUGUUGCAUCCUUCAGGAAGUAA